CUGCUCACACACACCAAGCUCUAUCCCUCCCACAGCACCCUGACUUGCAAGCUGUAGUGUACCGAUCCAUGGAGGCUUCACGCAGGCUCCUCUCCGCGGCGCUCCUCCUCGUCCUGCUGCUCGCCGCCACAGGGGAGCUGGGAGGCCCGGUGAUGGUGGCGGAGGCGCGGACGUGCGAGUCGCGGAGCCACAGGUUCAGGGGGCCCUGCGUGCGCAGGUCCAACUGCGCCAACGUCUGCAAGACCGAGGGCUUCCCCGACGGCAAGUGCCGCGGGUUCCGCCGCCGCUGCUUCUGCACCACCCACUGCCACCAUUAACAAGCCUCUCCUUCGGGUGAUGCCUUCUUUCGGGUGGCCUUUCUGCGAGCGUCCGUGCGUGCGUGUCCAUGAAUAAACCUCAGCUUGUCUCGGCAAGCUAGGUGCGAGUCCCUUCUUUGUUUUUUGUAUGAUUAUUGCCAGUGUUUGUUUCUUGUUGGGUUCGUCCUCAGAGUUGCUGCGAGAUUUAUGGGAUUAUCCCAGUCAAUCCUUCUGUCAUGUAAGAUUUUAUUUUGGGCAAAUCAUGAGUGUUGUAUGCCUGUUCCCUCAGUAACUCA